UUCAGACUGCUCAAUGACAGAGGGUACGGCGACACACAAAAAAGACGCACUAAUAGAAAAUUUUACAAACUAUUUUAUUUCUUUGGUGUACUUUAGUGACGUUGAUUUAUUAUCAUUACAUAAGUUAUAUAACGUUAACUCAUAUUUGCUAAUCCCAAUCAACUCGGUUUGUUUACUGUUAGACACUUUUUAGCGUGUGCACGUAAGCUCCUGGAUAAAGACGCCUCUACUCAUAUACAUCAGAUAUACACAGAUAUAGACACAAAUCUAUAAUUAUAAAAAUUGGAGUUUUUAUAUAAGCAGAUUUUAAAACCUCUUCGAGCAACGACACAGUCAUGGAGAGGAGGUCCUGCUGCCCGCUGCUAUUAUUGGUAAUAAUGGCAAGUGUGGCUUUGAGCUUGAUAGGAUACAAGCACAUUCAAACUGAAUUAUUAAAUGAAAUAACAUCUGAAUUGAAGUUUUCGGAGACGGUUCAAAGGAGAACAGAAUUAGAUUUAACAAAUUUACAGUUAGAAUUUCAAAACAAGAACAUGGAGAUGGACAUCCUACAGAAGGAUUUUAAUGACCAUGAUGUCGAAAUAAAGAAAGAGGUUUUGGUUCAGCAGAAAAUGACAGAGGAAGUUAAAGCAUGUCAGGAUCUAUUGGCCAAAAUGAACGAGAAUAUUGCAGGUGUGGAGAAGGAGAAAGCUGAUGUUGAAGGUAACUUUGCUGCUUCUAAGACAACGUGGAACAAAGAUAUUACAGACUUUAAAAAGCAACUCGAGCAGCCAAGUCAAGUGUGUGCUUAUUUGAAAACGGGCACAGAUGCAGAUGGACUAUGCCCUAAAACCAUAGUGCAAAACACAACGCAGCAAGAAAAUAAGAAGUCUUAAUUUAAGAGUUUUAUCAAAGGAUGUUCAGAAAAAGAUUUGUGCGCACAGUACUAUGCGCACAUCUCUGUAGUUUCCACAGGCCUGUGAUUAAACUUUGUUUAAUUACUGAAUUAAGUAAAUAUAACAAUUACUGUCAAGUACUUUGGAUUAAAGCAUCUGCUAAAAAAAAUAAAGGUAUACCAGUAAGGAGAUUUGAUACUCCUUAAUAAUAAUUUGAUAAGAUGAAUACUAUGUUUUAGUUAAAACAUUUUUUAACUAAAGGAGGCGCUCUAAUGUAUUUUUUUAUUAAGCUGGAACGUUGUUUUUAUAUUCAAAAGCACACUUUGUCAGGGCAUGUUAAGAAUUCUUUUUAUAUGAUGUUCUGUUUUUAAUGUGUUAUUAUGAUUGUAAGGUAUUCUGUAUUCAUUAACUGUUCAUUAUAAUCAACACAACACAGACCCUUCCAGAAUUGUAAUUGUUUCUACUGGUAUGCAUGUGUUGGUUGUUAUUUGACCCAAAUGAAACAAUGGAAUUAACCUAUUUUUCAAGGUUUGUUUAUAACAUGUUUUUUAUCAUACAUGUACGAUUACAAACAAUUAAAAACAACUCAGAUUCUACACAGAAGUAAAACUUA